CACAAACAUAUAAGCUCUAUCCUUAAACUUUCUGAACUCACAAAACCACACAACACACACUGAAAGAGUUGAGUGACAGAUUCAAGAAUGAAUCUUGAAAUCAGUAGGCAAAAGUUGCUGGUUUUUGCAGCUGGUUGUGGCAAUAUUCAGCUGCAAGAAUCCAUGGUGAAAAAUGUGGUUUUGAGGCUAUCUUCAACUUCGGGGACUCGAACUCCGACACGGGAGGAUUUUACGCUGCUUUCCCGGCGGAGAGGCUGCCCUUCGGCAUGACUUACUUCCACAAACCGGCCGGCCGAGCAACAGAUGGCAGGGUUAUUGUUGAUUUUUUAGCACAAGCUCUGGGGAUACCAUUCUUGAGCCCAUAUCUGCAGUCAAUUGGAUCAGAUUUCAGGCAUGGUGCCAAUUUUGCAACAUUGGCAUCGACAGUUCGUUUGCCGCAGACUUCAUUGUUUGUCACAGGAGUUAGCCCUUUUUCUCUUGCUAUUCAGCUCAAUCAAAUGAAGCAAUUUAAGGCCAAAGUUGAUCAACUUCACUCUUCAUCAGCCAAGCUUCCACCACCUACUAUUUUUGGAAAAUCUCUCUACACAUUCUACAUUGGCCAGAAUGAUUUCACUGGAAAUUUAGCAUACAUAGGCAUAAAUGGGGUUAAGCAGUAUCUGCCUCAAGUAGUGUCACAAAUUGCUGGCACUAUAAAGGAGAUUUAUGCAUUAGGUGGGAGGGAUUUCUUGGUGCUGAACCUUGCACCAAUAGGUUGCUACCCUGCAUUCUUGGUGGAGCUGCCUCACAACGCCUCGGACAUCGACUCGUUCGGAUGCCUGAUCCCUUACAACAAUGCUGUGGUAGACUACAACACUAUGUUGGAGGAAGCAUUGAAACAGACAAGAAGAGAGAUUGGUGAUGCAAAUGUUGUUUACACAGACAUACAUUCUGUGAUGCUAGAGCUGUUCCACCAUCCCACUUCUCAUGGGAUGAAGUAUGGGACCAAAGCAUGCUGUGGAUAUGGUGGUGGUGCCUACAACUUUGAUCAGAGAGUUUACUGUGGGAACGAGAAGUUAAUCAACGGUCGUAGAUUGCUUGCCACUGCGUGUAGUGAUCCAUAUAGCUAUGUAAGCUGGGAUGGGAUUCAUGCCACAGAAGCAGCAAACAAGAUUGUUGCUCAUGCUAUCAUCAAUGGCUCUAUUUUUAGGCCACCUUUUUCACUUCAUAAGUCUUGUGAUAUUCAAGCAAUUGAUUAACACCCUUUUCACUUGCAUUUGAACAUCUUGAACACUUGAAUGUGUUAUGUGUAUAACAAUGAUUAAUGGGAUUUGCCAAAGUUCAAAUU